GAAAUUAAGAUGAGGCGAUAAUUUCCGAAGCGCUGGGUCGAUUCAACAUGGACGGUCUUUCUUUGUCAUGACGGAACCGUAAGAAUUUUAACGACAUUUUUAAGGUCAAGCUCGAAGAAAGAUGUCCGAUGAAACAAUGGCAGUCUCGAGUCCUAUGCAGGACUCUUUAGCCGACUUAGCUUCCAUGCCUGCUCCUGGCCAGAUGGCUGAGCAAUCUCCGUUACCAUCGCAACAAAUGCCGGCCCCUUCACCGAUGUCCCAGUCUGGCAUGCCCAUGGAGAGCCCCCGCCCAAUGCCGACUCCCAGCCCUAGCUCCAUGCACGGUGGUCCUAUCGCCAGUCCCAUGGGUGGGUCCAUCCAUAGCCCAAUGGCCGGCCCCGGUAUGAUACAUGCCAGUAGUCCCAUGGCCCAGAUGCCGUCUCCGAUGCCCAACCCUAACUCUAUGCCCGGUCAGUCACCAAUGCCGCCUAGCCAGAGCCCCAUGCAGCACCAUCAAAUGCCCAUGCAACAGCAGCAGCACCAAGGACAGAUGCCAAUGGGGAACCAGGGAUCAAUCGGGAAUCAGGGAUCCAUGAUGAGCCAGGGUCCAAUGAGCAACCAGGGUUCAAUCAGUAACCAAGGCCCGAUGAUGAACCUGAGUGCAACAGGGAACCAGGGAGGCAUGAGUAGCCAUGCACCAAUGAUGAAUCAGGGACCUAUGGGCACCCAGGCACCUAUGGGCACACAAGCACCUAUAGGCACCCAGGCACCUAUGGGCAGUCAAGGUUCCAUGAUGAACCAAGGUGCCAUGGAAAACCAAGGCACCAUAGGAAACCAGGAUUCUGCUAUGAUAAACCAAGGCCCUAUGGGAAACCAGGGACCCAUGACAGGUCAAGGGUCAGUUGGAGGUCAAAGUUCCAUGGCAGGUCAGGGGCCGACCAGUGGGCAAGCAUACAUGGGCAACCAAUCUUACAUGGGCAACCAACCUCCCAUGGGCAACCAGGGACAUUCUGGUGGUCAAGGGUUUAUGGGAAGUCAAGGCCCAAUGGCUAGCCAGGGACACAGUGGUAACCAGGGAUAUAUGGGUAACCAAGGCCCAUAUAGUCAAGGUCAUAUGCCCAAUCAGGGAGCCAUGCAAGGUCCUGGAUCCAUGCCGGCUCCAGGGUCCAUGCAAGGACAAGGAUCCAUACCAUCAUCAGGACCCAUGCCACCUAGCGCCGGACCCAUGCCUGCCCCAAGUCCCAUGCCAGGUCCUGGACCCAUGCCGGGGCCCAUGCAAGGCCCAGGGCCAAUGACGGGUCCGGGCUACAUGCCCAAUCAAGAUCCCAUGCCCAACCAGAUGCCCAUGAUGAACCAAGGUCCAGUUGGGAACACGGCUCCCCCUAACCAGAUGGCCCCUACGAUGCCAGGCCAAGGAGGAAGCCUGCCAGGUCCAACUCCGACCCCCCAGCCACCCCCUGGGCCAAUGCACGGACCCCAGCAACAAAGCUCUACUUUCCAGAGUCAAUACAACUCUCUGCAUAGGGCCAUUGAGACGAUGCAGGAACAAGGCAUGCAGGGGGAUCCCCGCUAUGGUCAGUUGAUGGGUCUGGCUAAACGAGCAAAACAACACCAGCAACAGCAGGCUAUGGGAGGUUAUGGCGGGCCGAUGGACUCCAAUGCCCCACCAUCCACCAGUGGGCAGGGCCAGGCAGGGAUGGGCCCCACGCCCCCAGGCUCUCGCACCUCCCCCUUCAGCUCGACCCAGCUCCACCAACUCAAGGCCCAGAUCAUGGCCUACAAGCUGCUGUCCCGAAACCAGAUGAUACCGGACAACCUGCGCCAGGCCGUUCAGGGCAAACACCAGGCCAUGUACCCACGCACCGGUGGUAGGUUAUUUGGUAGGCUGUCAAUGGGCAGCCAGCCCCCUAUGGGCGGUCCACCCAGUAGUGGGCCCAGUGGUCAGUCCUCCGCUGGGCCUAUGCCCGGCCAGUGGCCCCAGCAACAACAGCAGCAACAACACCCAAUGGGCGGUCCCCAAGGGGUCCCCCGCCCCACAAUACCGCCGCAGAUGUCGCCACAACAACAGCAACAACAACAACAACAGCAGCAACAACAACAACAGCAGCAGCCGAUGCACCAGCCGCCGCCCCCGAAGCAGAUCCAGACAGUCAUGAUGCUACAGCCUAAACAGAAUCGCUUGAUCACCAUGGCGAAACCACAAGGGAUGGACCCAGUGGAAAUCUUGUCAGAGCGUGAAAACAGGAUCACCGGUCGCAUAGCCUAUCGCAUCCAAGAGCUACAGACGCUCCCCGGUUCCCUGCCUGAAGACUUACGCAUGAAGGCAACCAUUGAACUCCGUGCUCUGAGACUUCUCAACUUCCAGCGUCAGCUGCGACAGGAAGUAGUGAGCUGUAUGCGACGGGACACCACCCUAGAGACUGCCCUCAACUCCAAGGCCUACAAACGCAGCAAGCGGCAGUCGCUGCGCGAGGCCCGACUGACAGAGAAACUGGAGAAGCAGCAGAAGAUGGAGCAGGAGAGAAAGCGGCGCCAGAAACAUCAGGAAUACCUGAGUUGCAUCAUGCAACAUUCUAAGGACUUCAAGGAGUACCACCGCAGUGUGCAGGCCAAGCUCAGCAAGCUUAACAAGGCGGUCAUGACCUACCAUACCAACACGGAGAGAGAGCAGAAGAAAGAGAGCGAACGCAUCGAGAAGGAACGAAUGCGACGGCUCAUGGCUGAAGAUGAGGAGGGUUAUCGGCGCUUGAUUGACGAGAAGAAAGACAAACGUCUCGCCUACCUGCUGAGCCAGACGGACGCUUACAUCAACAGUUUGGCAGAACUGGUCCGGGCUCACCAGGAACAGCUCAGGAAGAAGAAACGCGAGAAACGCAAGAAGAAGAAGGCUGAGGUAAGCGAAGCCUUUCAGGAUGGGUUGACAGAUGAGAGUAGCCAGAUGAGCGACACGCCCAUCAAGGUCAUCAACCGCGAGACGGGUCACAUCGUGAGCGGAGAGGAGGCGCCCAAGGCUACCCAGCUGGAGGCAUGGCUGGAGAUGCACCCCGGGUAUGAGGUUGCACCAAGAGACGAGGACGGCUCCGAGUACGAAUCCGAAGAGGGCUCUGAAGAGGAAGAAGAGGAUGAGGAAGAACAGCCACCGCCGCCGCGACCGCAGCCGCCGAUUGUACCAGCAACAACUGAGGAAGCCAUCAAUGAUGUCCAUGCCGCCGAUGAUGAAUACAACACUCGCAAUGUGGGAUAUUAUUCCAUCGCCCAUGGUAUACGAGAAGAAAUCACCAAGCAACCGGAUAUGCUGGAGAAUGGAACGCUGAAGGAGUAUCAGAUCAAGGGUCUGGAAUGGCUGGUGUCUCUCUACAACAACAACUUGAAUGGUAUUCUGGCCGAUGAGAUGGGUUUGGGCAAAACCAUCCAGACCAUAGCUCUCAUUGCUUAUCUGAUUGAGAAGAAGAACGUCAAAGGCCCAUAUCUCAUCAUUGUUCCCCUCUCGACAUUGUCCAACUGGGUGAUGGAAUUUGACAAGUGGACUCCUACCAUAUCCAAGGUGUCCUACAAGGGAUCGCCCAGCCUGCGCCGGACCCUAGCAGCCAAUCUCCGCACCAUGAAGUUCAAUGUUCUCUUGACCACCUAUGAGUAUGUUAUGAAGGACAAGGCAGUCUUGGCAAAGAUCCGUUGGAGGUACAUGAUUGUUGAUGAGGGCCAUCGAAUGAAGAAUCAUCAUUGUAAGUUGACCCAGGUGUUGAACACUCACUAUCUAGCGCCUCAUCGAGUCCUGCUGACUGGAACUCCCUUGCAGAACAAACUACCCGAGUUGUGGGCACUGCUUAAUUUUUUGCUGCCGACCAUCUUCAAGUGUUGUAGCACCUUUGACCAGUGGUUCAAUGCACCCUUCUAUUCCACAGGAGAAAAGGUGGAACUGAAUGAAGAGGAGACUAUUCUGAUCAUCCGUCGUCUGCACAAAGUGCUGCGACCUUUCCUCCUCAGACGUCUCAAGAAAGAAGUCGAGUCUCAACUCCCAGAAAAGGUUGAGUACGUGAUCAAGUGCGACAUGUCGGCAUUGCAACGUCUGCUGUAUCGUCACAUGCAGAUCAAGGGAGUCAUGCUGACGGAUGGAUCGGAGAAAGACAAGAAGGGUCGCGGUGGUACCAAGAUGCUUAUGAACACCAUCAUGCAACUCCGCAAGAUCUGCAACCAUCCCUUCAUGUUCCAGCAUAUCGAAGCCUCGUUCUGCGAGCAUCUGGGCCAGACAGGUGGUAUCGUACAGGGACGAGAGAUCUACCGCGUGGCCGGCAAAUUUGAGCUACUGGAUCGCAUCUUGCCCAAGUUGAAGUCAGGCAAACAUCGCACUUUGCUUUUCUGCCAGAUGACCUCCUUGAUGACCAUCCUCGAGGACUUUUUCAUCUUCAGAGGUUAUCGUUACCUUCGCCUGGACGGUACCACCAAGGCUGAUGACCGAGGUGACCUGCUGGUCAGGUUCAAUGACCUGGACUCGGACUAUUUCCUCUUUCUGCUCAGCACCCGUGCUGGUGGUCUUGGCCUCAACCUUCAGACCGCCGACACGGUCAUCAUCUUUGAUAGUGACUGGAACCCUCAUCAGGAUUUGCAAGCCCAGGAUCGUGCUCACCGUAUCGGUCAAAAGAAUGAGGUCCGCGUACUUCGCCUGAUGACCGUCCAGAGUGUGGAGGAGAAGAUUUUGGCUGCGGCCAAGUACAAGCUUAACGUGGACAGCAAGGUCAUUCAGGCCGGCAUGUUUGACAAUAAGUCCACGGGGCAGGAACGUCGAGCUUUUUUGAUGGCCUUGCUGGAUCAAGAUGCAGACCAGGAUGAGGAGGAGAAUGAAGUUCCGGAUGACGAGACCAUCAACCAGAUGAUCGCCCGCACUGAGGAGGAGUAUGAGGCCUUCCAGCGGAUGGACAUUGAGCGACGUCGUCAAGAGGCACGGGACCCAAACCGCAAGCCCCGUUUGAUGGAGGAAGACGAGCUACCCGGCUGGCUGCUCAAGGAUGACAAGGAAGUAGAGCGGCUGACCAUUGAGGACGAUGAAGAGAAGCUGUUUGGGCGUGGGUCCCGGCAGAGGAAGGAUGUAGAUUACAGCGACUCAUUGACAGAGAAGGAGUGGUUGAGGGCCAUUGAGGAAGGCAACCUGGACGAAGUGGAAGGCUUGAAGAAGCUGAAGAAGCAACGCAAGCGUAACUACGAGUACAUGGACGAGGAAGAUGAAGAUGAAGAGGAGACCAAGGUGGCCAGCAAGGUGGAGAAGCCGGCCGUCAAGAAGAGACGUGGCCGGCCACCUGUAGAGAAGCCCCAGCCUAACCCGCCCAAGCUGACCCACAACAUGAAAAAGCUCGUGGAGACCAUGACUAGCUACAAGGAUGGCCAAGGCAGGCCUCUGGCCCAUCCCUUCCUGGCCCUACCUCCCAGGCGAGAGCUACCAGACUACUACGAGCUCAUCCCCAAACCCAUGGACUUCAAGAAGAUCAAGGAUCGCAUCCGACAACAUCGCUACCGCUGCAUCAACGACCUGGAGCGCGACGUCAACCUCAUGUUCAGGAAUGCACAGACCUACAACCUUGAAGGCUCACAGAUUUAUGAGGAUUCCAUAGUGUUGCAGUCAGUGUUUGCCAGCGCCCGCAGUUGCCUAGAGACCACAGGCCGUCUGCCAAACUGUGGCGAUGAAGACAGUGACGAGGAGACAGAAGCAACGUCCGACUCGGAGUCGCGCUCCUCCAUGAAGAUGAAGAUCAAACUGAAGCAGGGCCGAGGCGAGGGCAAAGGUCGCGGCCGGGGCAAGGGCAGGGCCCAGCCCGCCAAGCGAGGCCGCCCUCCGCGCAAGCCGGUUGUCAGUGACGACAACGACGAGGAGGAAGAAGAAGCGGGGAAGAAAGAGUCGUCGUCCAGCAGCAGCAGCAGCGACUCUGAUGAGGAGGAAUCGGGCAGCGAGGGUAAUCCAACCCCGGAGUCCUCCCGUCCCUCGUCACGUGGAGCCUCCCCAGCCAUGGGCCACAAAAAGCGUUGAAAGCUCUGCCCACAAACAAGUCAAAGUCAACCACGCCUGCAAGAAGCUGGCGUCAAAACCUAGUGCCCCAAAAAAUAUUAACCUGUCUAUAGACAUAGCAAAUUUACAAAUAUUAGAAAAAGCGAAUAUUGUUUAGAAAGAAAAUGGAGUCAAUCACUUAUUAUCUGUUUUAUGUUGGUGUUUAUUGUCCGUUUCUUUCCUCUGUAUUUGACCCCAUUCCAGGGAAAACUAAAAAACAUGUACUCUGUGUUUGUAAAUUACACAUAAGCAGUAGAUGUAGUCACAGUGUUUGUGCCUAUGUACAUGGACAUGUAUUUCCAUGGCGUACCGUUUUGAGAAGUCAUCGAAACCUACCCAUGUUUUGCAUUAAUGUCGUACCUAAUGCUGUUUCAGGUUUUCCAACAAACUUUUGUAUUUUCCAUAAUAUAUAAACACAGUCUGGUGGUGUUGCCUAGUGUCCUUGUAACAAUGAAAGCCUUUUAUAUGAUUGGAAUAGUCAAACAAUUAGAAUUGGACGGGAUUUGUGGGAGUGGUUUGAGGGAAAGUGGAUGUACACAAAAAGACUUGGAUUAAAUGCUUAAACCCUAAGGCUGUUUGAGUUUGCCUAUUUGGCUGGGAAAGAAAUUGGUCAAACAUCUCUGGACCAGAUAAUGAUGACCUCUUUUGGGGUUAGAUAACAUCACGUAUUUUGUUUUAAAAAGUCACUAGUUGUCAUUUUUUGUAGCCUGUCUGACCAAAAAAAUCACUUUAAAUUGCUUGUAUCUCCUUAACGGUAUUGGGUAGAUGGAAAUAAAGAUAUGAACUGUGUGUAUACUAAAAUUCCAUCUGGAUGAUUGCAAGAUUCAA